UGAAUGGGGUAACAUCAAGUAAGCUGAUAGAGCUCGGGUGAGACGGAUGAAUUAACUCGAAGGUCAUAAUGCAGUUCCUGGGCCGGAUACUGGACACGGUCUCAUCUGUGUCCAACCUGUUCUCCAACCCUUACCGUGUGAGGGAUGUUCAACCAUCAGAGUACGAUGGAAGGGGUAAAACCAGACUGCAGGAGGAGGGUAGGAUGAUUCUUUACAGAAACACACCCUCCCAGUCAUGGGACUGUAUUCUGCUCUGUCCAGAGACACCCACCAUGGCACUGAGGCUCUUUCAAGUUGCCUCAGAAGAAGAUGCCAUGAACUGGUUUCCACAGUAUGCUCUCAAAAUCCGCCCAUUUUAUGAGACGCUCCGCCCUCCACUCAAAGCUGAGACACUUCAGCCAAUUGUUGACUGCAUUAGGAACCACCCAGACUGGAGCUCCGCCCACAUCGCUGUGGACACUGGUCUCAGAGAAUGCCUGAAACACAAUUAUGUUCUAAGUCAGAUUAACUCACGGGAUGCCCAGGGUCAAACUCCCCUGCACUUGGCCUGUGAGAAAGGGGAGGUGAGCUGUGUUCGGGAGCUGCUGGAGGAAUGCCAGGCUCGUACGGAUAUUAAAGACAAAGGUGGUAACACGCCAAUGCACUCAGCUGCCAAACAGGACUCAACUGUCAUUGUAGAGGCUUUGUGCUCCCAGUUGUGUGCGGGUGUAAACGAGCUGAACCUGUCUGGAGAAACGCCACUCCAUGUGGCCUGUCGAAUGGGAAAGGUAGAAUCGGUCAAAGCUUUGCUGGGGGGCGGGGCCCGGUGUGAUGUAAAAGGGGCCUCAGGAUAUCCCAUUCACGCUGCCACGAAGUAUAAUGAGAAGAGCUGUGCGGAGGUCAUUCUGAAUGCUAACCCCACCCAGCUGCAGGCUGAGGAUGCUCUUUACGGAGGAACUCCGUUGCAUUGGGCAAAAACGGCUGAAAUGAGUCGCCUGUUACUGGACCGAGGCUGCAACGUGAACUAUCUGAGUAAGACGGGAGAGAGUCCAUUACACAUACUGACCAAGAGGGGGCGCUUUGAGGCAGCCAUGGUACUGUUGACUUACGGCAGUGACCCAAAUAUUAAGGGUCAAGACGGCAACACUGCCCUACAUCUGGCUAUGAAGCUGGACCAUAUGGAUCUUAUCAAAGCUUUGAUUGUGUUUGGAGCUGAUGUCGAGAUACCAAAUGACCUUGGAGAAACACCAGGGCUCAUCGCUGCACGUGCAAGCAAAGGGUCCAACAGAAAGAUUCUUCUCAACAUGCUGUGUAGUGUAGGAACGCAACGAUGUCAUCCCCCCCUCCCACAAUCCCCUCCCCCGACCACCAGGAGAGCUCCGCCUCCCGCCAUAGGGUUUGAAGACAUGGUGUAUGUGGCGGCUACAGUGACAGCAAUGAGCAUGGGAAGAUCAGAGGUGGACGGGAUCAGAACAGGAAGCAGGAAGAUGGACAGAUUGCUGUGCCUGGAUGGAGGAGGAAUAAAGGGUUUGGUUCUGAUCCAGCUGCUAAUCGCACUGGAGAGGGAAGCGGGCCGGCCGAUCAGAGAGCUGUUUGACUGGGUCUCUGGCACCAGUACAGGAGGAAUACUGGCUUUGGCUAUAGUACACGGUAAGUCCAUGGAGUACCUGCGGUGUCUGUACUUCAGGAUGAAGGAGCAGGUGUUUAAAGGCUCACGGCCGUAUGAGUCUGCUCCUUUGGAGGACUUUCUGAAGAAGGAGUUUGGAGAGAACACCAAGAUGACCGACGUCCGGCACCCCAAGGUGAUGGUGACGGGGGUUUUAGCAGACAGACACCCAGGAGAGCUGCACCUCUUCCGAAACUAUGACCCCCCUGCCCUGCAGCGGGACCCUCCCUAUGCCUCUAAGGCCACCUUCAAGCCCCUCACCAUCCCACAAGAACAGCUCGUGUGGCGUGCUGCACGCUCCAGUGGUGCCGCUCCCACCUACUUCCGUCCAAUGGGACGGUUUCUUGAUGGAGGGCUGCUGGCCAAUAACCCAACUCUAGAUGCCAUGACAGAGAUCCACCAGUACAACAAAUCCCUCAGAGCCCAGGGGAAGGGGGAUGAGGUUCAGAGGUUGGGAGUUGUAGUCUCUUUAGGAACAGGGAAACCUCCUCAGGUGGAGGUGAACUCCGUGGAUGUUUUCCGACCUUCUAAUCCUCUUGAAUUGGCCAAGACUUUUGUAGGAGCCAAAGAACUGGGCAAGAUGCUGGUUGACUGUUGCACAGACUCUGACGGCUGUGCGGUAGACCGGGCCAGGGCUUGGUGUGAGAUGACCGAUAUAAACUACUGCAGGCUGAGUCCUCAGCUGUCAGUGGAAGUGAUGUUGGAUGAGGUGAGUGAUGCGGUGCUGGUGGACAUGCUGUGGGAGACACAGAUGUACCUGUACGAACAGAGAGAAGUCAUUCAAACAAUCGCACAGCAGCUGCUACAGGCCUGACACAGGCAAACACACAGAGACCAACACAGACAGACUGCACA